CAUCCUUCUUUUGACUCUCCUACUCCAUUUUUUACCUAUAUAAAUAAACACAGCAUUUCUUCUAACAACAUUGUGUAAUCAAAUCAAACUAACUUCAUUCAUUAAAAAAAAAAAAAUCUCUUCAUAUCUAAUGGCAAAUCAAGGGAGCAGAAUGAGUUUUUUCGCGAUAGUGAUCGCGGUGAUGUGUGCAGCAGUUGUUGCACAAUCGAGCGAUGACUGCACGAACGUGUUGAUUAGCAUGUCACCUUGCUUGAACUAUAUUACUGGCAACUCCACUGCUCCAUCUUCAGGUUGUUGCACUCAGCUUGGCACUGUGGUUAAGAACAAUCCAAGUUGCUUGUGCCAGGUUCUUAAUGGUGGUGCCUCUAAUUUGGGGCUUAAUAUUAAUCAAACUCAAGCUUUGGCUCUUCCUACUGCUUGUAAAGUUCAGACUCCACCUCUUAGCCAAUGCAAUGCUAAUUCACCAAAUAGCUCUCCUGCUGGAACACCAACUACAGAUACUCCAGGACGUGGAACUAACGCAGUACCAUCACCACCAGAUGGUUCCAAUGAUGCAACUUCAAUCAAGAUGGCAGCCCCUUUGUUCUUCUUUCUUCUCUUCAUUGCUUCGACAUUCAUCGCGGCCUGAGUUUUUCAGCUACGACUUUCAUGACUAUCGGAAUAUAUUGCUCUGUUGAUACAUUCAGAUUCGUGUCCGCUUAUUUUUAACCUAUUGAAUUAUGUCGAUUACUAGCUAUAUUUGUUUUAUUUCAUAUGAUCUGCAGUCAUUUUCUUGAUGCGGAUUGUUGGUUAUUGUAUUUUCUUAUUCUUUAGUUACAUAAAUUUUUUCUUGAAUUGUCUUCACACAUAAUAAAUUUUUCUAUUGUAUUUGGUA